AUGUAAAAAAUAAGUGAUUUACCAAAGAGACCUGGAAGAUCAUAAAGGUUGGAACAAAUAAGUAGAAGGAUCAAUCUAAUAUCAAAUCAUUUUCCAAUGAAAUUCAUAUAGUAAAAUCAAGCGAUUAAUAUUUACGCAGUUGAUUUUGAUCCAGCAAUAGCAGAUGAUGCUCGUAGAUUACGUGAAGAGAUUGUUAAAUUAGCAACAAAAGAUCUUUAAAUAUAAGGAUUAUAAGAAUUUACAGUAAUAAAUAUUUAGAUGAUUUUAGUUAAGAGGCAAGAAUAUUUGGUCAUCUUUCAAUGUUAAAGAUAGAUUAAUAGCAAAGGCAUCAUUCCAAGAAUAAGAAUAUGUAGUUAUUGCUCAACAUAAGAAAGAAUAUACAUUAUCAGAUUUAUCAGAGAUGAUGACUAAUCCUGUCACAUAAUCAAUUAAUGUAGCAGUUAAAAAGUCUUUAAAAGAAAUGGGUAUGAUUGAAAUUGGUAGGUAGUCUAAAUUUUAUGAUCCAAAGAAUAUUGAAUGCAAUAGAGUAUUAUUUUAAUAAUAUUAAUUCUAGAUAAAUGAACAUGGAUUAAAAGUAUGGAGAGGUGUUAAAACAUCAUUUUAACUAUAUUAAGGGAUGCCUUUCCUUUAAAUAGAUUUUGCAUCAAGAGUUCUUAGAGAUUAAACUGCAUUAGAAUUUAUGAUGAGUAUCAAUACUAGAAAUAUGCAGGAUAUUAAAAAUGAAAUGAUAGGUUUAAGUGUCUUAGCUUCCUAUGGUAAUUGUAGAAUAUAUCGAAUUGAUGAAAUUGAGUUUGGUUUAACUCCUACUCAUACAUUUCAAUUAUAAGAUGGAAAAUAAAUUACUUAUUAAGAAUAUUAUAAAUAAAGAUAUAAUAUUUAAAUUAGAGAUCUUCAGCAACCUUUAUUAGUAUAUAAAGAUAAAAGAAACUAAGAUAAAAUAGCAUAUUUAGUCCCUGAAUUAUUAACAAUGACAGGAUUAACUGAUCGUUAAAGAGGAGAUUAUAAAUGUAUGUAAAGUGUAGCUAAAUAUACUAAAUUAACACCACAAUAAAGAGAUGAUGAAAUUUAUGGAUUUUAUUAGAAUUUAAAAUUACAUUUAUGUAAAUAAAAUAUACAGUUAAGUGAUGAUCAAAAUGUAUAAGGAUUUUAAUUAUAAGCACCUAGAAUAUUUAUGGGGAAUAAAGAAUAUUAAACUGAUUAAAGUGGAUUUUUUAUGAUAAAAGAUCCUGUUUUCUAAAGUUCUCAUAUUUAAGAUUGGUUUAUGGUGUAUCAAUCAAAAGGUAAGAAUGAUGAUGAUGAUGUUGAUUUUAUAGUAUCAGAAUUGUAAAAACAAGGAGAAAAAAUUGGAAUCAGAAUUGAAAGACCUUACUUUGUUAUGCUGAAAGAUAACAAUAUAUAAAAUUGGUUAUAGAGAUUAACAACUGAAAUUGGUGAUAAACCUCCAUAAAUGAUAGUUACUUUUGUUAAUGAGAGAGAUAAAGAUAGAAUUUAUGGAUAAAUUAAAAAGUAUUGUUUUUAAGAUCAAGGUAUAAGUCAUUAAAACAUCUUAAGUAAAUUUUUAAGAACUAAAAAUCCAUCUAGUGUAGCUUCUAAAAUAGCUUAAUAGAUGAGUAUUAAAUUGGGUAAUCCUUUAUGGGCUAUUCCAAAACCAUAAGGUAUAUCAGAUAGAACUAUGAUUGUUGGUAUCGAUAUUUAUCAUAAACUAUUAACAAAUCGAAAAUCUUGUAUGGGUUUUGUAGCUUAUUUAGAAUCGGAAUGUCUAAAUACAUUUGCUAAACCCAUAAUAAUGAGAGAAGGCCAAGAAUUAUCUCAUGAAGUAGGAAGAGUAAUUGUUGAAGCUAUUUCUGCAUAUUUUGAAAGGAAUGGUAGAAAAUAUUUACCAGAUACUAUCAUAAUAUUUAGAGAUGGAGUAGGAAAUGCAUAAAUAGAAGCACUUAAACAAACUGAAAUCCAGUAAAUGAAAAAUGCAAUUAAAAGUAUCAAUAAAAAUUACAAUCCUUAAUUUGCUGUUAUUAUGAUUAAUAAGAAAAUAAAUGAUCGUUUCUUUAUGGUAAAUGGUGGAGGACAAUAACAAAUGAAAUCACAACUUUCUAAUCCUCCUUCAGGUACAGUAAUCGCUGAUAAGAUUACAUCAUCUUCUUUUGAUUAUUUCAUUACCGCUUAAUAUGUUACCUAAGGAACUUGUACUCCUACCCAUUAUAGAGUAUUAGAAAAUAAUACUAAUUGGACUGAAGAAUUGUUCUGGCAAUUAACCUAUUAUUAAUGUUUUAAUUAUUAGAAUUGGACUGGAGCUGUGAGGUAAUUUAUUUUAGUAUUUAAUUUUUUAGAGUACCAGCAUGUGUACAAUAUGCUCACAAACUUGCUUAUUUGAUUGGAGACACUUAUUAAGGAAACAUUCAUAAACGAUUGGCACAUUUAUAAUGUUGUCUAUGA